AUGGCACAAGCUGAUGAUGAUAGUGAAGAACUGUUAACGAUACGAGAUCAUAUUAAUCAUCUUCAAAAAUGGAUUCAUCAACAACAACCUAUUUUAAAUUCACUUGAUACAGAUGAUUUUUUAUUAAGAUUUUUACGUGUUACAGAUUUUCGUUUGGAAAAUACUAAAGAAAGAUUAAUUCAUUUUUGGCGACUUCGUACAGAAAAUCCUCGAUGGUUUAAAAAUCGUGAUUUACUCAAAAAUCCAGUUAUGUAUCAAAUUGCUGAAUUAGCUUAUUGUAUUCAAUUACCAAAAACAACAAAAGAUAAACAUUUCAUUUUUCUUAUACGUUUAGGACAUUAUGAUCCAACAAUUUAUACAAUUGAUGAUGUUACUCGUUAUGCAUUUGCUGUAACAGAUAUUAUAAAUAGUCAAUCAACUACUCAAUUAAAUGGUUUUAUAAUAUUAUUAGAUUUUACAAAUAUUCGUUUACGACAUAUAAGACAAUUUACACCUGAUCGUAUUCGUCGUUAUGUUGAUUGCUGGGAAAAAAUGUAUCCAGUUCAUUUACAUCAAAUUCAUUUUUAUAAUUAUCCAAGUAUUUUUCAUCCUAUAUUACAUUUAUUUCGUUUACUUUAUUGUCGAGAUCUUGAUGAUCGAAUAUAUUUUCAUUCAAGAACAUCAAAUGAUUCAAUGAAAAGAUCUUUACAUAAAUAUAUUGAUCCAUCAUUAUUACCAAAUGAAUAUGGUGGUCAAUUAGGUUCAGUAGAAUCUGAUAUGAAUAAAUCAUUUAUUCAAUGGACUCAACAACAUAAUGAUUAUAUGAUACAACUUGAAAAAUAUGGAAUUGAUCUUAAACAAAUAUCACAAGUAUUAAAAAAAAUCAAAAGAUCACGAUGA